GGUCUAGGGAAGUUCUAUAGUCCAAGGUUCACUUUGUGUUUGCGAGGUUCCUGUCACUUUGGAAGCAGCAUGACCGAAGAGGAAUUAUACACCGUCUAUAAAGGAGUCUAUCUCCCUAAACUGCUACACCCUCCUGAGAGCAUUGCAUACUAUGAACAAUUCACUUUUAGACCAGACGACGUUGUUAUUGUGACUUAUCCGAAAUCUGGCACAACAUGGAUGCAGGAGAUCACUCCCCUGAUUCAGAGUGGAGGGGACUUGACCUCGGUUCUGACCCAGCCCAACUGGGACCGGGUUCCCUGGCUGGAGGAACACAGGGCCCAGGUUCUCAACCUGGAACAGAGGCCUUCGCCUCGCCUGUUUGCCACACACUUCCACUAUGACAUGAUGCCCCAGUCCUUCUUCAAGGACAAACCCAAGGUGAUUUACAUCAUGAGGAACCCCCGAGAUGUGUUCACAUCUUCCUACCAUUAUUAUGGGAUGGCCUCCUACCUGGUUAAUCCCCAAUCACAGGACGAUUUCCUACAGAAGUUUCUCAGUGGAAAAGUUAUGUUUGGUUCAUGGUUUGACCACGUUAAGGGUUGGUUGAAUGCAAAAGACCAGGACCGUGUUAUGUACAUCUCCUAUGAGGAGAUGAUAUGGGAACUGAGGGAUUCUGUGGCCAGGAUUUCCCUCUUCAUGGACAGUUCCUUAACCCCCAAGGUGGUUGAGAAGAUAGCAGACCACUGCAUGUUCAAGAACAUGAAGCAAAACAAGAUGUCCAACUACUCCCUGGUACCCAGCGAGUUCAUGGACCAGACCAAAUCAGAAUUCCUCAGGAAAGGAGUCGUAGGAGACUGGAAGAACCAGCUCACUGUGGCCCAAGCAGAGUUAUUUGAUGCUGUUUACAGAGACAAAAUGAAGGAUGUCAAAUACAAAUUUGUGUGGAACUGACAUUCCUUAUAGCCGCUAUAGUGUAAUAAGUGUAAUAAAUAACAUACAGUACAUAUGUUCAGAAGCAACUGUUUAGAUCAAUUGCCUUUAUGUCAGGGAGUCAGAUGGCUGAGCGGUUAGGGAGUCGGGCUAUUAAUCAGAAGGUUGUUGGUUCGAUUCCCGGCCGUGCAAAAUGACGUUGUGUCCUUGGGCAAGGCACUUCACCCUACUUGCCUCGGGGGGAAUGUCCCUGUACUUACUGUAAGUCGCUCUGGAUAAGAGCAUCUGCUAAAUGACUAAAUCUAAUCUAAAUCUAUGUCCCAGUUUGAAAAUGGGAGCUUAGUCAGACAAAUUAUCUUGACUAUCUUCCAACCAGGUGUGUAGGUUUGUUUUAACAUUUUGGUGGGAGAGCUUUUAAAAAAUAUAUAUAACUGAGGACGCAGUCGUUAAUCUUCUUAAUAAAAAGUGUGUGUG